AUGUCAACCCCUGAGAUGAAAAAGGGCCUCACCUUCAGCGACCUCCCCACGGAGAUCCGCCUCCAGAUAUGGGAGCACAUCAUCCGCCCCAGCGUGCACCGCAUCUCCGCCGUCUCGCCGGCGCCCACCAUGCACGUCCAGGCCUCCCGCACGCUCGCCCGAUCGACGGCGCCCGCCCGCGCCGCCCUCGCCGUCAACCGCGCGGAGCGAGCCCUCAUCCUGCGCCAUCUGCUGCCCAACGAGAUGCCCGUCUUCGGCCACAACAAAACCAAGCACGGCGUCCUGCGCUUCCACGCCGCCAAGGACAUCAUCUGCUUCGUCUGGGAGGUGCUCAGGAGGCGGUUCAUCUCCCUGUCCAUCAAGUGGUGGGAGAUGGGCCGCUUCAAGGGGGAGGGUGAUGCAGGCGGCGACCAACGCCCGGCGUGGAUGUCCCAGGUGCAGAACAUGGCCAUGGAGCUCGCGCCGACGGAGCGAGGCUGGCACGAGAACGCGCCCAUCUUUGCGUCCUUUGGGCUGGGGAACCACUGUUCCUGGUUCAGCGGGCUGAAGCAGCUGUACGUUGUAUGCGAGCCGCAGGACGAUCAGCUGCGGGCGAGGUUCGUCGCGAGGACAGAUCCCGAUGGCACCGUGUCCGUCGUCAAGGUGGACAAGGGGUACGUCGUGAAGCUUCAGAAGCAGCACGUCCGCGAGGCGUUCCUCCAUACGGGGACGUACGCGGGCAGAGACGAGACGCACGCUUACGUCUCUGGCGCGGCGGCCAUUGACAAGUUGCAGGCGAGACGGUCGGCGUGCACCGCGGUCAGCCAGGUUUUCGCAGUGAACAAGAGGCGGGGGAAGCAGGAGCUGGAGGGGUCGCCCGAUUACGGGCUCCGGAUCGAUGUCAAGGUGGGCGUCUUGCUGCAUACGAGGAAGUAG